CACUCUGCGCACGCGCGUGUUUCAACCGCCAAAGCCGCCGAGUUUGAUUUUUUUUACGUUACACAUGCGCAGAUGUGGCCUUUGAUCCCGUCAGUUCGCCUUCAAUUGCGCCUGCGCGGCUGGUCCUGGCCGGGCCUGGAGGAGGAGGUGGUUUGUUUGUGUUUUUUGAAAGAAAGGAAACGCCUGUAAUUUUUGAAAUUUAUAAUAAAAGGCGUUGGAGAAGGAUGUGCCCCCCCUGCCGCGGCCCUGAGACAUGCCCAAGUACUGUGCGGCGGCCGCUUGUUGCAAUCGGUCCGGCCAGCUGUCAGCCGACAACCGCAAGCUCAGCUUCUACCCGUUUCCCUUGCAAGACAAAGAAAGGCUUCACAAAUGGAUCGUAAACAUGAAAAGGGAGAAAUGGUUCCCAAAGAGGUACCAGUGUAUUUGCAGUGACCACUUCACGACAGACUCAUUUGAAUGGCGUUGGGGUAUUCGCUACUUGAAGCCAGAUGCAGUUCCAACUGUUUUCUUACUUCCAACUCAUCUUCAGGGAAAGAAACAGUGUUCUCGAGCUGUUCGUAGGAAAAACGUUUCAUCUGAGGAAACAGCAGAAGCAAAACUGUUAGUUUGUGGUCCUGCUGCAACGGAUGAAAUAACACCCCUUGAAAGACUGGAAGUUUCAGUGACUGUUAAACAGACUGAUCAGCAAUUCUAUAGGAAGCCAAUCGAACGCACCGUGCCACCUCUGUGCAUUGUGAAUCAAAGACUGUCGGUUCCUCAAGUUCCAACUGAACCCUUAGUAACAAGAGAACAGUUGGAAACAAGCCACGAUGAAAGGUCCAUAGUGGCUGAGGUUUUGCAACUUGAGCACUCAUAUUGUAGGCAGGACGUGGGCAAGGCGCAGCUGUGGGAAAAGAUUUCCAAAUUGCAAAGGAAAAUCGAGGAACUGGAGCAACAAGAGCAGAGAACUGUGGCUCGGCUCAAGUCAAUGGAACACCUGAUCGAGCAGCUCAAACAAGAGAAUCUUAUUUCUGAGGAAAAAUUGAAAGUUAUGGAGAAUUGUUUGACAACCUUCGAAUUGACGGUCUUACAAUAAAAGUAUUAUUUUAUUCUA